AAUCUUCACAUAUUGACAGAUCUGUGUCUGUAGAUAAUAGUGAAUACCUCAAUAUUGAAUUAUUAGUUAAGAACUUGAAGAAUGUGAUAAUGAAGAAAUUAUCUAUGUUAUAUAUAACUGAGUCUUCUAUGUCUCUCUCUGCUUCUUCUGCUGCUUCUUUCUCUGCUGCUUUCUUCUCUGUUUCUUUCUCUGCUACUUCUCUUCAAUCUUCUACACUUGUUUCUGUGUCUGGUUCUCUCACUCCUGCUAUCUCUGUUUCUGUGAUUUCUACUUCUGCUACUCCGGCUCUUACUGCUGCCUUCAUUUCUAGCUCUUCUCAUUUCAAGAAGAUGUUGCAUAGACUCAGUGAAUCAUGUUUCUUGGCAUGUACACUUCUGCUCUUCUUACUGAUCUCUAGAAUAAUUUAUUAUAUAAAGACAGU